AUGCGCUUCCUGCACCUGAUCCGGCCCGUCAUGUGCGUGCUGCCCGAAGUGGCACAGCCCGACCGCAAGAUCCCGUUCCGCGAAAAAGUUCUGUGGACGAUCAUCACGCUCUUCAUCUUCCUCGUGUGCUGUCAGAUCCCGCUCUACGGCAUCCAGACGUCCAAGUCGUCGGACCCGCUCUACUGGAUGCGUGUGAUCCUGGCCUCCAACCGCGGUACGCUCAUGGAGCUGGGUAUCAGUCCCAUCGUGACUUCGGGUCUCGUCAUGCAGCUGCUGGCCGGCUCCAAGAUGAUCGAAGUGGACCAGUCGCUGAAGGAAGACCGUGCGCUGUUCAGCGGCGCGCAGAAGCUGUUCGGUAUCCUCAUCACGCUUGGCGAAGCCGUGGCUUACGUGGUGUCUGGCAUGUACGGCAACAUCUCGGACAUUGGCGCCUUCAACGCUAUCCUGAUCAUCGUGCAGCUGCUCUGCGCUGGUGUGCUCGUCAUCAUCCUGGACGAGAUGCUGCAGAAGGGCUACGGUCUUGGUUCGGGUAUCUCGCUCUUCAUCGCUACCAACAUCUGUGAGAACAUCGUGUGGAAGGCCUUCUCCCCCACGACGAUCAACACUGGACGCGGCACUGAGUUCGAGGGCGCCAUCAUCGCUCUGUUCCACCUGCUGAUCACUCGCUCGGACAAGCUGCGUGCUCUGAAGGAAGCCUUCUACCGUCAGAACCUGCCGAACGUCACAAACCUGUUGGCUACCAUGUUCGUCUUCGUCGUAGUCAUCUACUUCCAGGGCUUCCGUGUGGACCUCCCCGUCAAGUACCAGAAGCUGCGUGGCCAGCAGGGCACGUACCCGAUCAAGCUCUUCUACACGUCCAACAUGCCCAUCAUCCUGCAGACGGCUCUGGUGUCCAACUUGUACUUCAUCUCGCAGCUACUGUACAAGAAGUUCAGUGGCAACUUCCUCGUGCGUCUCCUCGGUGUGUGGCAGGACGUGGAAGGCAGUGCCGGUCAGACUGUGCCUGUGGGCGGAGCCGCGUACUACAUGUCGGCCCCCAGCAACCUGGCUCAGAUCAUGUACGACCCCAUCCGCUUCGUCAUCUACGUCAUCUUCAUUCUCGGCUCGUGCGCGCUCUUCUCCAAGACGUGGAUCGAGAUUUCGGGCUCUUCGGCUCGUGACGUGGCCAAGCAGCUCCGUGACCAGCAGAUGGUGAUGAAGGGCCACCGUGACUCGUCCAUCGUGCACGUGCUCAACCGCUACAUCCCCACGGCUGCUGCUUUCGGUGGCAUGUGCAUUGGUGCGCUGUCUAUGGUUGCUGAUCUGCUGGGUGCUAUCGGUUCCGGUACCGGUAUCUUGCUGGCUGUUACCAUCAUCUACCAGUACUUUGAGACGUUCGCACGGGAGCAGGCAGAGAUGCCGCUCAGCGGUCUCUUCGGCUUCUAA